CCACUUCCUGCACUUCCGGGUCAGAUUUGUUCCGCAGCAACAGACGUCGUGUCUUCAGUGUUUGAACGUUUUUAGCUGUCCUCCAGUCGUGUUAAAAUGUUGCUAGUAUUAAGUAGGGUUUCCUUGUCGUUUAAAAGUUUGAGAAAAGUAUCAGCCCGGCGUUGGCAUCAUACUAGUUUGACAAGUGACCUAAUUAACAACAUGGACAAAAAAGCAACAUGGGACAGGUUUUACACAGAAAACAGCAGGAAAGGAAAUUUCAAGAAUUUUGAGUGGUUCUUUGGCUUUCAUUCAGUCAAAGACUACAUCUUGCCUCUAAUGCAGUCCAUGUCUGAUACUCCUGCACCAUUACAUGUUCUGGACAUUGGCUGUGGCACCUCAGCAUUGGGGCCUGGUAUCUUCACACACUCCCAAUGUGCAGUGAAGGUCACAUGUGCCGAUAUCUCUCCGGUGGCGGUGAGAUUAAUGCAGGAACAUGCUGAAAGUACACCAGUGCAACCCUGCAAUCCAGCCUCUACCCUUUUCUUCAGAGAAAUGGACUGCACAGAGCUGGAAGGUCACUUUGAGCCCAGAAGCCUGUCCUUGAUAAUAGACAAAGGUACAACAGAUGCACUGGUGAGAUCCAAGGAAGGACGAGCAAAAGCUGGGCAAAUUGUACAGCAGUGUCUGACUGUGUUGAGAUGGUCAGGGAGCUUGCUGCAGUUUUCAGACGAAGAUCCAGAUGCCAGGCUGCUUUGGCUGGAGAAUGAGAGUCAAAACUCAGCUGAUGUAUCAGUACAUGAAGUUGGAGAAUUAAGAGGGGUCACUUACUUCUGUUAUCAAAUAACCCCUUAUACAGCCCAACACUGACAUCUUGAAUGUUACUCUGUAUUUUGUGUGAUACUGUCAUUUUGCUUUAUGUAAUUAUAUUUCUCCACACAUUA